AUGAUUGACCGGGCCAACCAUCAUUCAUCCACCCCGCUGGAAUGUGCCAGCACCCUACGCUGGCAGUUAGCCCCCGAGAUGCCCCAAAGCAAGCCACCCCGACCAGUGCGCCGCGGCACCAAGAUGGCGGCCGAGAGCCCAAUCAUAGCGACCCGUUUCCGGACCGCUUUAAAAUGGCGGCGCCGAGGAGGCGGGGCGCUGGGCCCAGGGGCGGGACCGCCGGGCGCGGGGCAUGUCGGGGCGGGCGCGCGGAAUGCUGGGAACGGGGCGGAGCGCGGCCGCGCCGGCGCGUCGAGGGGGAGAGGCAGUCGCCGCGAUGGUGAGCGGGCGCGGGGGAGGGGCGGGCCGGGCCGGGGGCCUGGGGGGCGGCGGGGGUCCGCGGGCCGCGCGGACGUGUUUCUUAUGAUUCGGCGCCACAAGACCACCAUCUUCACCGACGCCAAGGAGUCGAGCACCGUGUUCGAGCUGAAGCGCAUCGUCGAGGGCAUCCUCAAGCGGCCGCCGGACGAGCAGCGGCUGUACAAGGACGACCAGCUCCUGGAGGACACCAAGACGCUGGGGGAGUGUGGCUUCACCAGUCAGACUGCAAGGCCCCAGGCCCCAGCCACAGUGGGGCUGGCCUUCCGGGCAGAUGACACAUUCGAGGCCCUUCGCAUCGAGCCCUUCUCCAGCCCUCCUGAGCUCCCUGAUGUGAUGAAACCGCAGGAUUCAGGGAGCAGUGCCAAUGAACAAGCUGUGCAGUGA